AUGGGGCACAACGGGAGCUGGGUCUCCCGCAACGCCAGCGAGCCGCGCAACGCGUCGUCGGGCGCGAACCGCAGCGCGCUCGGGGAGCUCGGCGACGCGCAGCUGUACCGCCACUUCACCACCGCCGUGCAGGUCGUCAUCUUCGUGGGUUCGCUGCUCGGAAACUUCAUGGUGUUAUGGUCAACUUGCCGCACAACCGUGUUCAAAUCUGUCACCAACAGGUUCAUUAAAAACCUGGCCUGCUCAGGUAUUUGCGCCAGCCUGGUCUGCGUGCCCUUCGACAUCAUCCUCAGCACCAGUCCUCACUGCUGCUGGUGGAUCUACACCAUGCUCUUCUGCAAAGUUGUCAAGUUUCUGCACAAAGUCUUCUGCUCUGUGACUAUCCUCAGCUUCCCUGCCAUUGCUUUGGACAGGUACUACUCAGUCCUCUAUCCUCUGGAGAGAAAAAUAUCAGAUGCCAAGUCUCGGGAAGUGGUGAUGUACAUGUGGGCCCAUGCAGUCGUGGCCAGCAUCCCUGUUUUUGCAGUGACCAAUGUGGCUGACAUCUAUGCCAUGUCCACCUGCACAGAGGUCUGGAGUAACUCCUUGGGCCACCUGGUGUACGUGCUGGUCUAUAACAUCACCACAAUCAUUGUGCCUGUGGCUGUGGUGUUCCUCUUCCUGAUCCUGAUCCGGCGGGCCCUGAGUGCCAGCCAGAAGAAGAAGGUCAUCAUCGCUGCACUGAGGACCCCUCAGAACACCAUCUCCAUUCCUUAUGCCUCUCAGCGGGAGGCCGAACUUCAUGCCACCUUGCUCUCCAUGGUGACCGUCUUCAUUCUCUGUAGUGUGCCCUAUGCCACCCUGGUCGUCUACCAGACUGUGCUUAAUGUCCCUGACACUUCUGUCUUCUUGCUGCUCACUGCCAUCUGGCUGCCAAAAGUUUCCCUACUGGCCAACCCUGUGCUCUUCCUAACUGUGAACAAAUCAGUCCGCAAGUGCUUGAUUGGGACCUUGGUGCAACUGCAUCACCGGUACAGUCGCCGCAAUGUGGUUAGUGCCGGGAGUGGGGUGGCUGAGGCCAGUCUGGAGCCCAGCGUGCGCUCUGGUAGCCAGCUCCUGGAGAUGUUCCACAUUGGGCAGCAGCAGAUCUUUAAACCUUCAGAGGAUGAGGAGGAGAGUGAAUCCAAGUAUCUUAGCUCAGCUGACUUCCAGGCCAAGGAGGUUGCCUCCUGUGUGGAGGGAGAACAGGGGCUACAGUUUAUACCCCCUGUACCUCCCCCAGGCACAGUAGACGUUACAUCCCAGGUAGCCCCAGCAGCCCCUGUGGAGCAUGAAACAUUGCCUGACAAAUAUUCCCUGCAAUUUGGCUUUGGGCCUUUUGAGUUGCCCCCUCAGUGGCUCUCAGAGACCCGAAACAGCAAAAAGAGACUGCUUCCCCCUUUGGGCAAUACCCCAGAAGAGCUGAUCCAGACAAAGGUGCCCAAGAUAGGGAGAGUGGAGCGGAAGAUGAGCAGAAACAACAAAGUGAGCAUUUUUCCCAAGGUGGAUUCCUAGCAAGGCUUGUAAAUGCUGGGAGAAACAGGGAGCUUCAGUAUUCCUACCCUCCUCUCACUCUGGCGAUAGUUGUGUGCUCUCAUUGCAACCCACCAUAGGGUGAUUCCUCCUAUAUGAGGCAAAUGGUUCCGAGUGAAAAGGAAGUCUACUGUAAAAUCUGAUGUCCUAUUUAUUGAAAGAACCUGCCUGUCUUUCCUUCUUUCUUUUCUUUUCCUUUCUUUCUUUCCUUCUUUCUUUUUCUUUCCUUCCUUCCUUCUUUCAUCUGUCUGUCUGUCUGUCUGUCUAUCUAUCUAUCUAUCUAUCUAUCUAUCUAUCUAUCUGUAUACCCACCCACCCAUCCAUCCACCCAUCUCAGUGAUCCAUGCCCUUAGUCAAGCUCACAUUCUUCUCUGUGUCACGAAAGCUGGUCAAUUUGGAACAGCUCUUGAGGUACUCCAUGCGCAUUUUCUGGGGAUUCCUCUCUUCUCUGGGAUUAGCAGAGAGUACAAAGGGGGCAGGAAUUCUAAGGUCACCUAAGAGAAUUUUGGACUGCAGAUGCCUACUUGGGUAACUUACCUUGUGUUUUGAGAAGAUACAUUAUUUCCCUAGAAAUCCCAAUCACUGAAUCACCAUUUUUUCUAAUAUCCUUCAUCCCUUUCCCUGGAUAGAAGUAACAGAUGAUUGUUCUGCCCCUGUGUGACCGACAUAGCAAUAGAUGUGCCCGAGGGUGAGGGAGGCUUUUGUCCUUGGAUAUGCUCACAUUCCUUUGGCAUCAGCAAGGCCUCCUGCAGAUGCAUCUGUGUCCUCAAGCCACCAUCAGUGUGGGCUGCAAAGCAAUGAGAGCUCUCCACUAUGGCUGCCCUUUAAACUCUGUUGGUCAACAAUUUGGAGAGAAGCUUAGUGGUAAAGAAGAUAGUCUGAGAAAUGCCCAUAACACAUAGUCUUUUUUGCUUCCACAUGAUCUCCCAUGAAAGGUGACAAUCAGUAUGAGUGGAGUAUUUGAGUGAUGUUAAAAAACAAAACAAAAAACUAUUUUGGGUAAACUCUUGGAAUUAAAUGAUAGUUAAGAAGUGCAGGUUGCAUUCACUGAGUUCUUUGGUAACAUUAAACUAAAGACACUAGGUUGGGACAAGUGAUUCUACACCAAAGAUUGCCAAGCCUGUCAAAAAUGGAUGCAAUCUGACAGAGUGGGAAGUCUCAUUUUCAGUCUGUUGUAUGACCGGUUCUCAUAGAAAAGAAGUGAACAGAGCAGGGAGAAAUAAUCAUUGCAAAAUGGCAGACACUGUCCAGCCUAGUCCAGUUCCUUCCCAGUGACAUUUCAGGAGGAGUUACAGUCACACAGUAGGGUUAGAGGGGACAACCAUGUCCUCAACUCCUUAGUACCCUGGUAGCUUUUGCCUGUAAUUUGAGUACACACUGGGAUUGAUCUACCAGGAUGAAGACAACCCUCUCUUCUGUCUUAAAUCAUGUGGACAACUCCACUCUCUCUCUUAGGGUGUUGUGCUCUUGUUAAUGGAACCUGGUGAAGCCAAUUGGGUGUCUUGAGUAAGCUUGGAGGGAGGUGGUUGGGUGUCCUCCCCAGUAAACAUCUACAUUCUAAAGCAGUGGUUCUAACAUAGUCCCUUCUUUGGCCACACUGGCUGGCGCUUGUUCCCUAGGAAGAAGCUCAGGGUAUGUGUAGUGCAGGAGGUUUCCUUUCCUUCUCUCUCUUCAGUUGAGGGUGGCGCCUUGUGUUCCUGAGUGUGAUUCCAAGGACCCACCCCCGGGAGAAGGAACUUCUAGUCUGUCUGUCACCUCCUGGAGUUGUUUGCUCACAGCAGAAACAAGAGCCUGGAGCCUCUCUUGACACUGUUGCCUCCUGAGCCUUGUGCACACACCUGCAACUCCUGGCCCUUGAGCUUAUCUUUCAAAGCUUUCGUGAUUGUUAUGUUUAUCAAGGGGGAAACUAUCAGAAAAUUCUCUUCAUCUGUCUAUCAAAUGUACUCAUUUUGAUGUUGUCCUGGUAAUAUGUAUGUCCAGCCUAAUAAAUUAUGAAGAAGAAUU